AUGUCUUCCAUAUCCAUCGCAACUUUACCACGCAUGAGCCGCGAUGCCCUCUCGGCCCUCCUUCGCUCAAAGACUCCAGCCGACAAACUAGCAAUUGUUGAUGUUCGGGAUUCAGAUCACAUCGGUGGACAUAUCAAAUUAUCGACAUGGGUACCGAGCUCCAGUUUGGACGUGCGUCUUCCUGAGCUUCUUCGCACCCUCAAGGACAUGGACAAGGUAGUUUUCCAUUGUGCUCUCAGCCAGCAGCGUGGUCCCUCUGCAGCUCUGCGUUAUGCCCGUGAGCGUGAGCGCACUCUUGGAGAGGAAGAAAGCAAGAAGCAAGAGAUUUACAUUUUAGAGGGUGGCUUCGUUCAGUGGCAGGAAAAGUACGGGGACGAUGAGCAAUUGACGGAGGCUUAUGUCGCUGAUAUCUGGCGAGAAUAUUGA